GUCGGAACAGAUUUCACCAUCGCCAUUGGAGGAUUAGGAAUCCAAGCCAACCCGAAUCCUCUCGCCACGAGUUUCGACCUAGACCAGCUUGACCAGCAUAAUUUUCCUAUCGAGCACGACGGCAGCUUGUCUCGUCAAGACAUCUAUGAGACUGGUAACGACCAUUCUUUCCAGCAAGACAAGUGGAACCAGGUUCUGGCGUACUUUCAAGGGCAGACUGUAGCGACUAUCCAAAAUGCGUCUUUGGCACGCUAUAACAGGAUCAAGGUCCAGAGGGCGUUGAAUCCGGACAAGUUCAUUUACGGAGCUCGUCAGUUGGUGCUCAGUACUGGCGAGACGGCCCUUUACUUGUCGACAAUGGGGAAUCCGAGCACGGGAGAUGCUCCUGUCAGUUAUGUCAAAUCUUUGUUCGAAAAGGAAAGACUUCCAUACGAGCUGGGAUGGACCAAGCCUGACCAGGAGACAAACCUGAUGAGCCUUGGUGCUAUGGUGCUACAGAUCGAGGCCGCGAAUCCCGAG